ACCGGAAGUUAGCCUGUUCAUUUCCGCUCUUUAGUUCCCUUCCCAGACCCGGAAGUAAAGGCAUCUGGCGAAUAUUGCUACUGUCCAGUUUGAGGGACAGCUGUUUUCUAGACCUGGAGAAAUGCAAAGUCCUCUCUCUUUAAGACAAAUGAGCGUUCCAAAAGGUUUGGGAUAUCUAACCAUUAUGGCAUCAAGAAACUUCUUGUGUAUGAGAGGUAACUUUCUCUUUGGUUCAAGAGGUUGGAUGAUCCGGUUUCCUGCAAAAAUCCUCUUUAAAUUAGUUUCGUUUAGGCUUUACAGUGUGAAGUGUGGUAAUAUAGACAGUGAGUCUUCAGAGAAUGAAGAACUACUGAAUAACCUACUUAAAAUGGGAGUAGAUGUUGACAUGGCGAAAAAACGACAGCCUGGAGUUUUUAAUAGGAUGGGAACUAAAGAGCAAGACCUGAAGAUGUUCCUUCUAUCCAAAGGAGCUAGCAAAGAAGUGAUUGCUAGCAUUAUAUCAAGAUACCCACGAGCCAUUACACGCACACCUGAAAGUCUUUCAGAACGGUGGGAUCUGUGGAGAAGAAUUAUGACAUCAGACCUUGAAAUUAUAAACAUCUUGGAACGUUCUCCUGAAUCUUUUUUUCGGUCCAGAAACAACCUAAACUUAGAAAAUAAUAUCAAGUUCCUCUACUCAGUUGGAUUGACCCAUAAAUGCCUUUGUCGAUUGUUGACCAAUGCCCCACGUACCUUCUCCAAUAGUCUAGAUCUGAAUAAACAGAUGAUUGAACUUUUGCAAGAAGUCUGUUUGUCAUUGGGUCACAAUGAGCCCAGAGAUUUUGUUGGGAAGAUCAUUUUUAAAAACCCUUUCAUUUUAAUUCAGAGUACCAAACGGGUGAAAACUAACAUUGAGUUUUUACAGUCAACUUUCAACUUGAACAAUGAGCAGCUGCUCAUUCUGCUGUGUGGUCCAGGAGCUAAAAUUCUAGACCUUUCCAAUGACUAUGUCAGCAGAAACUACACAAAUAUCAAGAAGAAGCUGUUUUCUCUUGGGUGUACUGAAGAAGAGGUGCACAGGUUUAUCUUAAGCUAUCCAGAUGUGGUCUUCUUGGGAGAGAAAAAGUUUAAUGAUAAAAUAGACUGCCUCAUAGAAGAAAAAAUUAGCGUAUCACAAAUAAUUGAAAAUCCUCGGAUUUUGGAUUCAAGCAUAAGUACUUUAAAAAGUCGAAUCAAAGAAUUGGUAAAUGCUGGCUAUAAUUUCAGUACAUCAAACAUCACUCUUUUAUCUUGGAGUCAAAAAAGAUAUAAAGCUAAAUUGAAAAAGUUAAACAGUGAACAGAACAUUAUUCUGGGGAAUUAAAAAGUAUCUUAUAAUGUAAUGAUACCUCAUUUUGAAUUUGGGCCUUUCAAAAAGGAGAGGUUUGGUUUCUUAACUGUAUAUACUGUAUAACCUGCAAAAAUUGCUGCUAAUGAUCCUUCGGAUAUUUUACUGUAAAGGUUUGUAAAAACUCAUGGUCAGGAUGCUCUAGUAUAGUUUUUCCAGUUAUCUUUUCUCUAGUUUGAAUUAAUUAAUACAACGUCCAAUUAUAUGAUACAGGCUGUGACUGUCCUAUGAAUGGUAGUUUCCUGAGUGCAGGACAGAACAAUAUGUGGAAAGAUAAAAAGUACAAAAUAAGCUUUUGGUUCCUAUUCAGAUUAAAAAAUCAACAGAGUCAUUUGGAUAGUUCUAUUUCCUCUCAGGGUUUUGAAUGGCAACUGAUUCCUCCUGUUCCCACACAUCUAAUUGUGGCUCAUCUUCAAAAUAAAAUGCCAGUAAAAAUCUGACAAACCAGAAAGGAGGGGUUUUUAUCUCAAGUUCUACCUUCUCCAAUUAAACCAUUAGUAUGUUCCCCCUACCCCCCCCCCCAACUUAGGCUCAAUUUACUAUGGGUAUAUCCUGAUUUUCUUUGAAGAAAAUGGCAACUACGAUGGGCAGAAAAAUGGCCACCCAAAGAUGUCAGUGUCAUAAUUCCCAGAAUCUGAAUGUGUUAUGUUACACUGGAAAAGGACUUUGCAGAUGCAAUUAAGUUACGGACCUUAAGACAGGGAGAUUAUCCCAGAUUAUCUGUGUGGGCCCAAUGUAAUCAUAUGGGUCCUUCAAAAUGGAAGAGGGAUGUAAUAGAGGAGGUCAGAGUAAUAUGAUGUAAGGACUUGACCCUAUUUACUGGCUUUGAAGGAGGAAGGGACCAUGAGCCAAGGAAUGCAGGUGGCCUCAAAGAAAAUGGAAAAGGCAAGGAAACAUUCUCCCCUAGUGCUGCUAGAAAGGGACACAGCCCUGCUGGGACCUUAAAUUUAGCACACUGAGACAUGUGUCAAACUUCUGACAUUCAGAACUAUAAUAUAAUCAUUUUGUGUUGUUUUAAGCCACUGAGUGUGUGUCUGUUGUUACAGCAUCAAAUAGAUGAAUAUAGGAACUAAAUGAUAAUUAGUUGCAUUAUAGGUGAAGAAGUCACAAAAUAUGGUUCUUUUAGCAUAUCUGUGUUUCUUUCUCUUGUAAUUAACUUUUUUUUUAUCCACAUACCUUUUUGGAAUGAUGACUAAGUUACUGUUUGUGAAGACCUCUAAAUGUAUAAAAAACUAAAUGUAAGUAAUAAAGUCUAAAUAAAGAAAUAUUUUUACCUGA